UUUCCUCGUGAAUAGUUGUGAACGGUGGUGAAUAGUAACAAGAGUACAGUGAAGCAUGGCGCUUAACCUCACCGUAAAGGUUCAUCCUGUUGUUCUUUUUCAAAUUGUUGACGCUUAUGAGCGUCGGAAAGCCGAGUCCCACCGUGUCAUUGGGACAUUAUUAGGCACCGUUGAGAAGGGUAUGGUCGAAGUUACUAAUUGCUUUUGCGUGCCACAUAAAGAGUCCGAAAGUCAAGUAGAAGCUGAUCUCACGUACGGCAUCGAUCUUUACGAUUUGAAUCACAGGGUCAACGCACAGGAAAAUGUCGUUGGGUGGUGGGCAACCGGGAACGAGGUCACCACUCAUUCUUCGGUUAUUCACGAAUAUUAUAUCCGUGAAUGUAAUAAUCCUGUUCACUUGACUGUCGAUACAACAUUGCUAAACACUACUAGAAUGGCAAUUAAAGCUUAUGUAUGUGUAUCGUUAGGGGUACCUAAUGGAAAACAAGGUUCCAUGUUCACCCCAGUCAAAGUGCAGGUUACAUCUUAUGAGCCAGAAAUUGUCGGACUGCAACUUUGUACUAAGACCCAAUUACCAUCACAUUCGCAAAUACCUGGGGUAAAAGCAAGUGGUGGUAUAGAACCAAUGAUGGAUCUUGCCCAAAUCGCAGAAGCCAGUGGUAAACUAUCUUUUAUGUUGGAGCAGGUGCUUCAAUACGUUGAUGAUGUACUCAAUUCUAAACAACCGCCAGAUAAUCAAGUUGGUCGCGCUCUUCUGGAUAUGGUACACUCCGUCCCUAAAAUGUCGAGCGAUCAAUUCGACGAAAUGUUUAACAGCAAUGUGAAAGAUUUGUUGAUGGUUGUUGCACUAUCUCAGUUGAUUAAGACUCAACUUCAGCUAAAUGAGAAACUUACACUACUGACAACACUCUAAUACAAAACUUUGACUGGAAAAUCUAUUAAUAUAAAUCCGGAAAUUCUAUAAUUCAUUUUCUAUGAAUAAAAAAUGUUUUGAAUUU